GGUCGCCGGCUCCCCAAAGAGGCGGCCAUGAGGGCUGCCGCCUUCAUCACCAUCCUUUUGGCGGUGUCCUCUAUGGCCAUCAUCCCAGACGGCUCGGUCGCCACUGCCGUCUUCCACGGCGCUCCACCGUCACAGACCUGGGCUCGUGGUUCAGACACGGCGUCCAAGAAACGUCGGCAUGACGCGCCUUCCUUUGACCAGAUCAUCGUGGAGACGCUGGACCAAACGGCGACGCAGCGUUCCUCUACGACGUUAAUCUUGUUCCUCUUCUCGACCGGACUGCUCAUUGGGGCAGUCUUGCUGCUCCUCUGCAUACUGUGUAUGCUCAGGGCGGGGCUGCUCUCAGCUGCUGGGAGAAGCAAGCGAUUACCAGACCAGUCUUUCUUGUCCACCAUAAGACCAGCCAGGGCCCAGAUUGCCUACCAGCCAGUGAAGCAGCAAGACGCCGAGGACAAAUUCUGCGUCGCAGAAAAACGAGGAGCGUCCUUUGCCGGUGCACCCAUCAGGAAACCAUUGGCGGUUCAGGGCAGUGCAGACAUCCGGAGCCUGACCUUCGACCAAGGGACGGCUGGCGUGACAACACAAAGUUCGGAGGAUUCCGAGACCGUUAGAUCCCGGCGGUCUAAGAAGCGAAGGGCAAAGGAAAAGUAUGCAAGACACCGCCGUUCAUCGCACCAGAAUAAAGAGGACGAGGAUGAGGACGAAAACGAGGACGACGACGGCAUGAAAACUAUGUCCCAGCUGCGGUUGGAUCUCCGAUUUCAGCAAGACAAGCCCAAAAGGACCAGCUACAAUGCAGCGAAGAGGUACUUCGAAGACGACAACACCAGCUCGGGGUCUGCCGAAAUAGCAGAACCGCUGACGGCCAACCAACCUGCGAUUGCCAGUUACAAAAAGACGCGUCCGUUGGUCUUCUGCCUUAACGCAGACGAUCGGGGCAAGAAGACAAGCAGAAACGGCUCGAGACCCAGGGGUGCUAGCGACUGGUUCGAAAAGGAGAGCCAGUCUGCGAGGCGUCGGGAUAAGGCAGCCCAGUCCGCGACUCUGCAGUCGAGUCAGAGCAGCGAAAUCGACGAGAAAUUCAGCGGGGAGAAGGCACCCCAAGUGCACCGGGCCUUUGCGUACAAGCCUGAAGUGAAGCCAAAGCCGGCGCUCAGAGAAGAUCCAGCAAACGGGUACGGACAAGCCGCUUUGAAGGAGGGUGGCGUGACGCUGGAUCAUUUGAAGGUUUUGCUCGACGAAAUUCUGGCGGAAAAGAAUGACGGCAGGAAGCCUGCGAUCAAGAGCCACACCGUCAAGAGUCCUAGGUAAAACUGAAGAAAGCUGUACUUGACCUCGCCUUUUCUGUA